AUGUUAAUUCAGAAUCAUGUAAAGGCUUUGUUCAAUGUUGAAAAACUACAAGUAGAAUCUUCCAGUGGUUUGCGUAAGUUGGUUGAUAGUGUUGCCAAGCAUUUGCGAGCGCUCAAAACCCUAAAUGAACCUGUAGAGACUUGGGAUACCCUUGUUAUUUAUAUGAUAAGUGGCCCUUGUAAAACGUGCAGGGCGAAACAUAAUACGCUUCUACAUUUCAACUCGAAGCCUGACAGCAACGCAAACGCGUCUGGAAGCAACCAAAUCGAAAACAUUGAAGAUAUGCACCGGGAGCGUGUAAACUUGUCCUCCUUAAACAUAUCAACCAAUCAAGUAUUAUUAGCUACGGUGUUAGUUGACAUUCUUGACAAACACAACAAGCCAUGUACUGCGCGUGCCUUACUUGAUGCCGGUUCUCAAAGUAGUUUUCUCACCCAGCAGCUUUCGAGAAAAUUACAGUUAUCAGAAAGCUCAAUCAAUAUUAAAAUUUGCGGAUUUAGCGAUUCCGAGUCAGAGUGUAAAAGCAAAUGUGUUGCACGCAUUAAAUCUAAGGUUAAUGAUUUCUCCUUUGAGAUUUCUUGUUUAAUAGUUCCUCAUAUAACGAGUAAUUUGCCUAAUUUCAGAAUUAACAGAAGCAAGUUAAACAUUCCUCCCAACAUAACUUUAGCUGAUCCCAAAUUUGAUUCAGCAGGGAAUGUAGAUAUGUUAAUAGGGGCCGAUUAUUUUUGGGAUCUAAUAUGUGUAGGUCAAAUAAGGUUGGGUGCAGAGGGCCCGUUUGCACAAAAAACAAAAUUAGGUUGGAUUAUUUCGGGUCGCAUGGGAGGCGGAUCGCAUCAAAGGGUACGAUGCCAGCUCGCUAAAAAUAUUGACGUUGACGAGCAGCUCACGCGUUUUUGGGAAAUUGAGGAGUUCCCACGCACCAAGCUUAUGUCAAAUGAGGAAAGGGCCUGUGAAGAUCAUUUUCGUAAAACAUUCAAACGCGACAGUGACAAUAAGUUUAUUGUAACAAUCCCUCUAGUAGAAGAUCCAGAUAGGUUAGGGGACUCCUUUGAUACAGCGCACAAAAGGUUCUUAUCUUUGGAACGAAGGUUUGAUCGUGACGACUCCUUUAAGACAGAAUAUUGCAAGUUCAUGAGCGAAUAUGAGAGGUUGGGACAUAUGCUUAAGGUUGACAAUAAACAAAACAGCGCAAUUUCUUAUUAUUUGCCUCACCACGGCGUCUUAAAGGAAAGUAGUCUAACAACCAAACUUCGCGUUGUAUUUGAUGCUUCGUGUCCUAGUACGUCUGGAAUUUCCUUUAAUGAUUUGCAGAUGACAGGCCCUACCAUUCAGUCAGAUCUUUUCAGUAUUUUGAUUCGUUAUAGACAGCACAAUUAUGUCAUUGCCGCUGAUGUGGAGAAGAUGUAUCGCAUGUGCAAAAUAAAUGAAACCCAAAGGACCUUACAACGUAUUUUGUGGCGCAACAACAAAACCGACGAAAUAGGCACUUAUGAAUUGCAGACCGUUACUUAUGGUACCAAAUCGGCAGCGUUUUUAGCGAUAAGAUGUCUCUUUCAGUUAGGAAUCGAAUGUGAGGCGGAAUUUCCCGAAGUUGCUCGAGCAAUAAAGGAAGAUUUCUACGUAGACGAUCUUCUGACGGGUUCCGAGACCGUAGAAAAGACGGUUGAAAUUGGAAAUAGCAUAGCGUUGACACUCGGUAAAGCUGGAUUUCAUUUGCGUAAGUGGGUAUCCAAUAGCAACAAGGUUCUAGAAGGUAUACAUACUAACGAUAAGGCUGACUCAAUUGAUUUAGGCGUGAACGAGAACACAAAAACUUUGGGAUUGUUUUGGAAUGGCCAAAGGGACUGUCUGUUCUAUAAAAUAAGUGAUGGUUCCCGGAAAAAUAUCACUAAACGCGUUGUUCUCUCGGAGAUAUCACAAUUAUUCGACCCGUUAGGUCUAUUAAGUGCGACCAUAGUUCUAGCAAAAAUUAUUUUACGUGACAUAUGGUUAGAAAGGUUAGAGUGGGAUAAUUCCUUAUCAUAUAGUUUACAUUCAAGAUGGUUAUUAUUCCGAGAUCAGUUAAGUUCUUUAAAUAGCCUUGAAAUAGGCCGUAGAGUAAUCUGUACAAAUCCUAUACUAGUUGAAAUGCACGGAUUUUCGGACGCCUCGGCCUAUGCCUAUGGCGCUUGUGUCUAUAUUAAAUCGGAAAACGCUGAGGGCGAUACUUUAGUUAGACUUGUAUGCGCAAAAUCAAGGGUCGCACCUCUUAAAACGCAAACCAUUCCUAGGUUGGAACUUAUGGCUGCGUUGUUACUCUCAAGAUUAGUAAACAAGGUAAAAUCGUCUUUAAAGGUUUUUAUUAACAGAGUCGUCUGUUGGUGCGAUUCUACGAUCGUAUUAGGAAUCCAGGAGCACGCGGACGUCACUGAAUGGAGACAUGUUCCAACGCAGGACAACCCCGCUGAUUACGUUUCUCGUGGCGUUAAUCCAUGUGAUUUGUUAGCUCUUAACACCUAUUGGCUAGGCCCUGCGUGGCUAAAGCUAAAUGAACAGUUUUGGCCUACAAAAGGGAUUUCGCAAGAAAGCUUGCCUGAAGUGCGCAAAAUAGUGCAAACAAAUGCUGCUACUACGAUCGAUUGCGUUAUUGAUUUUUCGAAAUAUUCUAGUUUAUGUAAUGCUUUAUUAACCUUUGAGCGAUUUUACACCUUAUUAGUUCAAAUAGAGGCGGUCUUAAAUUCGCGUCCAUUGACUCCAUUAUCUAAUGACCCCUCAGACUAUAUACCUUUGACACCGUCACACUUUUUGAUCGGACGGCCCUUAACUGCAGUGCCUGAACUAGAAUUCAUGCAGCUUCCAGAAAACCGUCUCUCCCACUUUCAGCAAGUCCAGAGGCUUCAGCAACAUUUUUGGGCAAGAUGGUCCCUCGAAUACGUGUCUGAACUACAGCAACGUGUGAAGUGGAGGAGUAAUUACGAGAUUUUAAAGGUUGGCGAUCUAGUUGUCAUAAAGGAAGACAACUUGCCCCCGUGCAAAUGGCUUUUGGGAAGAAUCGACAGCUUACACCCAGGCCGAGAUGGAAUUUCGAGAGUUGCCACUUCAACACCCGAAAGGGCCCCAUUAAACGUUCAUUCGCCAAGAUUUGUCCGUUACCAAUAA